AUGUUUGCAGCCACGCGGCAAUGGUUCCGCCGCCAUCGCACGCCCAUCGCCAUCGGCGUCGGCGUCGUAGGCGCCGGUUACGUGGCCACGCAGUAUGUGCUGUCGAAGCUCAACGACGCGCGUGAGCGAAUGAGUAGCGACCGGAUUGCCAAGGAGAAUCUUCGGCGCCGUUUCGAGCAGAACCAAGAGGACUGCACAUUCACCGUCCUCGCCCUCCUCCCAACCGUCACCACAAACAUCCUCGAGUCCAUGAACACCGAGGCCAUCACAUACCAGAUCCAGCACAUGAAGACAGGGGCCGCAGCUGCAGGCGCUCCGGCACGCAGUCCGCCCAGCAUCGCCGAUACGCUGGUGACUGAGGACGAGAGCCGCAGCAUGAUCAGCAUGCAGAGCGAGAGCGGCAUACACGCGAGCCAAGUUGCGCUGCCAACCCAGGCGCCGACUAGCAACCCGACGACGACGACGACAACAACAGCUCCAUCAGCUGGAGAAGCAGCUCAAGAGUUGCCGGCCAAGCAGCGCAAGACCAAGCGCCAGCUCUGGGACGAGCUGACGAUUAGCUCCAUCACCCGUGCAUACACCCUCCUCUACACAACCAGCCUCCUUGUCAUGCUGACCCGCAUCCAACUCAACCUGCUCGGCCGCCGCAGUUACCUUUCCAGCGUCGUUUCCCUCGCCACAGGCAGCGCCCAGGCCACCAUCAGCCUUGAAAACAAUGACGACGACAACCUCCUGCAACAGCAGCAUGCACUUGGCAACAGCACCGACUUUGAGGUUAACCGCAAGUACCUCGCCUUCAGCUGGUGGCUGCUCAACCGCAGCUGGGCGGACCUGGCCCAGCGCGUCGAGACUGCCGUCCGCGCCAGCUUUGGUCACCUGAGCCCGCGAGACUUGGUGUCUCUCGACAACUUUGCCGAUUACACGCGCGCGGUGCGCCAGGCCGUUGAGCGGGGCCCGCUUGAGAGCGCCAUUCCCUCGCGCUGGCUCUCCCUGGUUCUGCCGCCACCCGGCCUCGAAGACUACGUACUGCGCGAGUCGGGCAUCCUGGCCGACAGCGCCGCCGCCACCUUUGAGCAUAUUGACCGGUCCGAGGCUGAGGCGGCUGCGGAGGCGGACCCGUCCACAUCGGACGCCGCGGCGCCGACCAGAUCCCAGACUAUCCCAUCCCCCGAUUCCCCCUCACAGGUGGCCGCCCUGCGCCGCAUGCUUGAUGAGACCGCCGAUGUCGUCGAGUCACCGACGUUCUCGCAUGUCUUGACCGAGAUCUUGGAUGCCGGCUUCGCCACGCUCCUCGAGCGCAAGGUUGCCCCAGUCGCUUUCGACUUGCCCCCGUCCGUCGGCGAGGGCAGUAUCGAGCUCAACCGCCUGCGCAAUGAAAAGGUCGUGCAGUUGCCCAAGAUCUUGUCCGUGCUGACGCGCCAGGCCCACGUCAUUGGCAGCGGCAUGCCCAACGAGUACCUGCACGAGAUGGAGGCAGUGCGUGACCUCGAGGCCUUUGCCGCCGUUGUCUACUCGAGCAACUGGGAGAGCGAGAUCCACGAGGAAGGGCUGUUGGCCGCGGCCGAAGAGGUGCGGCAGCAAGCCGCCGAGGCUGUGGCUUCGGGCACGUCUGAGGAGAAGUCGGUCCUGACCGGCCAGGCGCAAGUGGAUGAGUCGCUCGUUAUGGUGGACCCUUCGCAGAGCACACUGGAGAGUGCAUGGGAGCGUGCCUUGGACCAGUCGUGA